AGACUCGGUUAUUUAUGUACCAAUCGAGGCAUGCAUCACCGCUUAUCGCUUUAUCUUGAUCCGAGUCUCAAAGACCCGAAUUGCAUCAAUCCGUCACACCAUCAUCCAACUUAGAGGUCCCCAACAACCUCACACCUUCAAAGGUCAACCAAUUCCCAUGGCGGCGCGAUGGGCAUGGGGGUUCGCCGCCGCCGGAGGAGGAGCAGGAAAACGGUCUAAGUUCCUCCGGCAAGUUUCCCACUACCUCAUCCGCUAUGCGACGUGGAUUCCGCCACUCAUUUGGUUCAACGCAUACGUCGCCGAGAUCACCUUGAUCCGGGGCCCAUCCAUGUAUCCGUUCCUCAACCCGCACUACAACGAGUCGCUCCGCAAGGACCUGUGCCUAGUAUGGAAGCUGUAUGCACAGGAGGGGCUGCGGAGGGGGAUGAUUGUUACGUUCCGAAAUCCCUACGACCCUAACCGCAUCACCGUCAAGCGCAUCAUCGGCUUGCCGGGGGACGUCGUCAAGACGAAGCCGCCGUACCCGUACGAGUACGCGGUCGUGCCCGAGGGGCAUGUCUGGGUUGAGGGGGACGGCGACAAGAGCCAGGACAGCAACCACUACGGCCCCAUCUCAGCGAGGCUGAUCACGGGGAGGGUCACGCACAUCCUGUCGCCGUGGGAACGGGCGGGGAGAAUCAAGUGGUGGGAGCACCCAUUGAGGACAGGGGUGCAUAGAGCGGCGUAAGGGAAACAUCGGGAAAUGAGGCGCUACACUACAAGACGGUUGGCGCCGAGCAGGCGAGUCGGUUGCGGCGAAGCUGUAAUUAGAAGCAAAGACCUUGAAAGUGUAUCCAGUUAAUUUGAUUCUUUUGUACAGAUUUAAUGCAUACGGA